UCGUAAGUUUUCACAUAAAGCUGCAUUACUUACAGUUUGAAACUUCUAGUUAUGUUAUCAAACGUAGUGGUGGAGACGAAUAAAAAGAUUUGAAGUAAAUUGAUUUAAAAAAAAAAAUUAUGAAAUAAUUUCAUAAGAGUUUAUUAUUAUUUUUGUUGUUGCAUCCUUGUAAUAUUUUGUUCAUGUUCAAUCCAUCCACAAAUAUUCAAAUAAUAAAGUGUAUUAUUGGACUUAAAAACAAAAUCAAAUUAAAAAGACUAAAACAAAACAUACAUGACCAAAAGAUUUAGAAAUAAACAAGAUUAUUUAUGUCCAUUUUUUAAUUUUUAAAGGAGGUUUCGAGAUGUUUCACUAGCUAAAAAAUAUUAUCUUGGAGAGAAGAAAAACAACAAGAGAAGUAUUAUCUUUUUGUUAGCUAAUUAUGGGUGGAGUCAAUAUUAACCUUCAUAGAUUACAACAACACAUGUCAUUAUGUUAUGGUUCAUUACAAAAUGUAGUACGCGUGAUUAUUCACUAAAUAUAGAAAUUAUUAACAAACUGCUAACUAACUUGGAGUUACAAAAUACUUCUUAAAAUAGUUACGACCAGGUAUUAGUUAUAUGUUUCUACACUUACAUUUGUUGUCAAUUCCUUCUUCAUAAUGUUCUGUCUCUAGCUAGUACACUAAAAAAAAUACAAUAAAUAGAAAUUUCUUCUAGCUGAUUUCACAAAUUCAUUCAUUCAUUAAAAACACUGUUUUAUAUUUAGGGUAAUAUUUACAUUUAUUGUUACCUUCAUUGAUUUAUUAUUACCUUCAUUCAAUUGAAGGUAAUAAUAAAACCAAUAGGGGUUUCAUCAAUAUUGAGAAAGUAAAUUGAUUAACAUAAUGUCAAGGUCUAUUCAAGAGAAAAAGUUAGCUGCAGGACGUGUUGUGGCAGUGGCAAUUGAGAACAACAAAACAAGCCAAUAUGCAGCUAAAUGGGCUGUUGAUAAUCUUCUUCCUAAAGAUCAACAUCUCUUAUUAGUCCAUGUUAGACAAAAAGCUUCUUCCAUUCCUACAACAACUGGAAGCCAUGUAUCUGUUGAUGCCAAUAACGAUGUAGGCAGAGCAUAUAUGCGACAAAUGGACAACGAAUCUAAGGAGCUUUUCAGUUCGUUUCGUGUCUUCUGCAAUAGAAAGAAUAUACUAUGCAAGGAAGUUUUAUUGGAGGACAUGGAUGUAUCUAAGGCAAUCAUAGAAGGUAUUAGAGAAUAUUCCAUUGAACUUUUGGUUCUUGGGGCACCAUCAAGAAGUGGUCUUGUGAGAAGAUUUAGGACAAGUGAUGUUCCUAGCCUCGUGUCUAAAGGGGCACCUGAAUUCUGCACUGUGUACAUUAUUUCCAAAGGAAAAAUCCAAUCUGUAAAAACUGCUACUUCUCCAUUAACAUUGAAAGCCAUGCCGCGUAAUGCAUUGCAGCCUCCACAGCAGCCACAACAAAGUCCUAAUAGAAUCGAUGUACAACAACAAAAGCGAAACCACCCACUACGAUCCUCAAAUGAGAAACAAACAUACCAUGCACGCCGUUCAGUUGACAAAGAUGAAAUGAUAUCACCAUUCACAAGAGGUGCAAGACCAACACACAUAUCGUAUGAGUCCUCAAUCUCUGACUCAGACAUCUCAUUCGUCAGCAGUGGAAGGCCAAGCAUUGAUAGGAUGUUCCAUUCAUUGUAUGAAGAAAUGGACUCUGGAAAUGGAAUCACCCCUCGAAUUUCAGGAAGCUCGGAUUAUGAUCUUAGAAGCUUCGGUUCGUUGUACUCAGGUGUUAAGUCAAUUGAUCACAAUGAUUAUUCAUUCACUUCACAAGGCAGUGGUCGUAGUGGGAUGUCCAUGUCAUCACAAUCAAGGAUAUCAAACUCGGACAAAGUGGAAGCUGAAAUGAGGAGGCUGAGGUUAGAGUUGAAACAAACAAUGGAAAUGUAUAGUACAGCUUGUAAGGAAGCACUAACAGCUAAACAAAAGGCACUAGAACUUCAACGUUGGAAAUUGGAUGAAGAAAGGAAAAUGGAAGAUACACGAUUUUGUGAAGAAACGUCAUUGGCAGUAGCUGAGAAAGAGAGAGCAAAAUGUAAAGUUGCUAUGGAGGCAGCAGAAGCAUCACGAAAAAUUGCAGAGUUGGAAGCACAAAAAAGAAUGAAAGUAGAAAUAAAAUCUAACUCUGAUUCUGAUCAAAGAAAAAGGACAUUUGGAGAUAGUGUAUUAAAUAGUCCUGCAAGGUAUAGAAGAUACACUAUUGAAGAAAUAGAAGAAGCAACAAAUUACUUUUCCAACUCAUUGAAGAUUGGUGAAGGAGGUUAUGGACCAGUCUAUAGGGCCGAACUAGAUCACACCGCAGUUGCUAUAAAAGUGUUAAAACCUGAUGCGGCUCAAGGACGCUCACAGUUUCAACAGGAGGUUGAAGUGUUGAGUAGCAUAAGGCAUCCACACAUGGUUCUCCUCCUUGGAGCAUGUCCGGAGUUUGGUUGCCUGGUGUAUGAGCACAUGACCAAUGGAAGCUUGGAUGAUUGCCUAUUCAGGAGAAAUAAUAGUAAAUUACCAGUUCUACCAUGGCAGCUAAGAUUUCGAAUUGCUGCGGAGAUUGCAACCGGUCUCCUUUUCCUUCACCAGACAAAACCUGAACCAUUGGUGCACCGUGACUUGAAACCUGGAAACAUUUUGCUCGACCGGAACUAUGUGAGCAAAAUCAGCGAUGUAGGGCUGGCAAGGCUUGUCCCUCCCUCAGUUGCAGACACCGUGACACAGUAUCGCAUGACAGCAACCGCUGGAACUUUCUGCUACAUUGAUCCGGAGUACCAACAGACGGGGAUGCUUGGAACCAAGUCUGAUAUUUACUCACUUGGGAUCAUGCUUCUACAAAUGAUAACAGCGAGGCCACCAAUGGGUUUGAGUCACCAUGUUGCAAGAUCUAUUGAGAAAGGUACUUUUGAUGAGAUGCUUGAUCCUGCCGUUGAGGAUUGGCCAAUUGAACAGGCUAUGCAUUUUGCCAAGCUUGCUAUUCAGUGUGCAGAAAUGAGAAGAAAAGACAGACCUGAUCUUGGCAAAGUUAUUUUGCCUGAGCUCAACAAACUCAGAGAUUUUGCUGAUGAAAACAUGCCUAUGAUGAUGAUGAUGUUUGGUGGUGGUGCAGGAUUCGCUCAAAGAAAUAACAAUUACUCGCGAUCAAGAUUUUCCUCAUCAAUUCAAGGCUCAAUGAGUGAAUCCCAGUCAUUGUCAGAAAUGUCAGGAUAUGAAGGUCGUUCAAGCUCAACAUCAGUGGGGAAAAUGUAA